AUGACCAAUGUCAAUUGUCCGUUGAUUGCUGCCUCUCCCUCCUCCGCGGGCCACGUCUUGCACUUUGUCGCGGACCUGCGGUAUUUGCGACGCGCGUUGCGACACAACACAGGGGUGCUCAACAAGCAUGGCCAUCCCGUGCGAACUUUGACGGUUCCGAGCGCCAGCGGUUCUGAAUGCAAUAUGUUUGUUGCAGUGUGUCGCCUGGUCUUGUUGUUCGGCAGAUUGAGUGGCCGAUUCCACCCUUUGUUGCAGGACCAGCGAUCAGCCGUGCUGCCGCCGCAGGGCGGGGUCGUCAAUGGAGGCGUUGCACUGGGCGGGGGCGGUCGGAGUGAGGAGAGAGGCCCUCAGCCUGCGGCGCACCUCCGAUGUGUUUUUGCCGAGCGCCAGCCGUGA